AUGGUGGUGGAAGUGGCCAAGUUUAAGAAGGCCAAGGUAGAGGAGGAAGUGGCAAGACUGAAAGCCGACCUCGACGAUGCUUCUAAGGCGAGGUCUGAGUUGGGAGAGGCCUCGAAAGAGUUGCAGGCAUCUCUAAGGGCCAAGGAUAAAGAGAUUAAGAAGCUUAAAGUAGAGACUUCCACCAGCGCCCCAAAAAAGUUCUCAGAGCUCGAGUUUGACUCCAUUGAUCCGGUGUUCCAUAAGGAGUGUCAGAGAGGAAUGUCGAGGAUGCUGUUGAUCAAUAGGAGAGAAGUAGAGAAGAUGUGGGACUAUAGGUCAUAUGCCCCCGACACCUUUGGAAUGAGAAUUCCUUGUAGAGUUGUGUUCUGUUGUCUUGAUGAAUCUGAAGAGCUGAAAAACCCUAGUUCAUCAAGCAAACUUGUGAGCUAG